ACAAAACUCUCGACACAGUCAGACGUUUGUUUUGUCACUCCCUGCAAGUUAGCUCGAAAUCCAUACUGGGUUUUCUCCGCACUAUUUUUGCCGGUGUCCAGAUUUGCAAACGCAGUAUAGCUGGUAAUAAAGACAACAGUAGACAUGAACACUGACACAGAUCGCCGACAAAACGACCAUGGCGUUGGCAAUGGUGAUGAUGAUUCAACAAAAGCUGCCCCGACGUCCCAGAUUCCUGGGCUGUCUGACGAUGCUACCAAUGGUCCUGAGGAGAGGACUAAAGGACGCCGUACUGGAGUUAAUGAGUCCGAUUCUGCUUAUACUAAACUGGCUAAACAAGGAGGACAGAGGGGUAAAAACGGUUUAUUGUGGCACGAGGAGACCAAUUUGGACACCAAACCUAAUUCUGCAUCAUCUUACAAAGCUCCGAACUGGUUCUCUGGAUCUCCAAAAGCUCAAGAGCAAGCAAGCCCAACUGAGAGCUUUCAAAACUACAUGUCAACUAAUGCUCCCUUUGGGAGUGAUAAUAAGUCAACUUGGGAAAGGGACUUUGAUGACAAAGAGAAGAUCUCUCCCAACAGCCAGAUGGAGAACUUGUCCUUAGCAUCAGGAAAGAAUGAAGAUGCAGCAGGCAAUUUCAAGAAAACCCCAGCAGCCCCGCUACCAAUUGAUGGGGCUGAAGAAAUAUCUCAGAAAUCUCAGAAUUCGACCCCUGUCAACAUGUCUACGCUCUUGAGCUUUGGCUAUUUAGAGGACCAGAAAGGGGCACCAAAUACGCAUUCAUCAAGUUCCAAGGAGUAGAAAUGAGCAAAGGCAGUGACGCACGACUGACUCCUCAAUGUUCUCCUCCACAACGUUCCUUCACCAGGUUUUGCCUGUUCACAACCGCUCAUAGGUCCAUAAAAGCAGUUCGUUUAGGUUCAAGUCAGAGUUAAGGCACUCUUGUCAUGCUACAUGUUUAUGCUUGUCCCUAGACGUAUACACACAACUGCAAAACUUGAUUCUGUUAGAUUGCGCUCACAGACCCGCUCUGUUCUGUGCCUGAAGUUGCUAAUGAACUGCAUUUUCACUGUAACACUAACAGCUAAUGUACUAGCCUGAGCUAUGCUCUUGUUCAUCUGUUGUAGUUUGGGGAAUGAUGGUUUACUUUUAAAAGGUGUCUAUGGCUUAGAAGGGCUCCUCUAAAAAUGCCUGCUGUUUUGAAGUGUUAUCUUUUUUUUUGUGUGUGCCUCGUUAUGGUUGCUAUAAAGAUUUGUUUUAAAGAAAAUAAAUGUGUUGUGCAUGGAA